AUGGAGCAGCAGCUCACUCUACAGGCCCUGGUGCAGGCUCUUGAAGCCUCAAGCUCGCAAGAAAGCGAUACCCUUAGAAAACAAGGUGAGACUCAGCUUGAGUCCUACGAAGCUGCUGAAAACUUUCAUUCACUUCUUCAGACGGUUUUCAUCGACCCCAAUAUGACUCUUCAAAAUCGUUGGAUUGCUGCUAUUUACUUCAAAAAUGAUAUUUUAAAAUAUUGGCGCAAAUCUUCAUCGCGUGUUAUAUCUGCACAAGAGAAAAAUCUGAUUAGAUCACGAAUUUUUGCUCUCACUACCGAAGCCAACAAACAACUUAAUUCACAAAAUGCUAUUGCCACUGCACGUAUUGCACGUAUCGAUUUCCCAGGUCAGUGGCCAACUCUUUUUGAGGAUAUUGCUCAACUAAUUCAAACAGCUUCUGCAAGCAACAAUCUGAUCCAACUUAGCAAUCUGCUUAACAUUCUUAAGGAACUCGUCAAAAGUUUUUCCGUUACCCGCUUUGGCGCUGCUAGGACUGCAUUUCAGGCUGCUGCAUCAGGCAUAGUUCAACUAAUUGGAAAUCUAUACAUUGCUAUCAGUCAAUCAUGGAUGUCCCAAAAGGAUAACCUGAGCAAUCACCUUGCCCUAAUGGAAGUUGGAUACCUGGCCCUAAAAAUUACAGGGAAAGUUUUUGCUGAAGGCUAUCAACGUGUCUACCAAGAUCCACAAGCUGCAAAAAUUUUUGAAAAAAUUACACAGCAUUUCCAGGGAUAUGUCAUGGUAUACAAUACCUUCCAGUCAGACAUUAUUGCAAAGCAUAUAAAAGGUCUUGGUAAGAUAUUUCUUAAUAUUUUUGAGCGGCAGCCAGUAUCGUUUAUUUUACUUCCCAGUUCUAUGUCCGUUCUCCAAACAUACAUGUCUAUAAUGCAGGAAAAAGCGCAAGUGAUUCAGUCAAUUGGAAACGAAGAUGAGGAAGCUGUUUCUGAAGAAGUAGCUGAGUUUUGGGAAAAAACUGUUGUUCAAGGCCUUAAACUUUUUAGCAAACUAAUUAACUACGCUUACCAUAAUGGUUCGGUGUCAAUACGCUACCGUUCUGUUGAUGAUCGCGAUGACACCAAAGCUGCACACGCUCUUUUAGAAAAGGACCUUUUUAAUGAACAAAAUAUUCGGGGCAUGCUUGGGUUGCUUCUCAAUAACUACCUUAAACUUACACCUCGAGAUCUUGAGUCUUGGAAAAACGAACCUGAAGAAUGGAUCGCUGAAGAAAUGAAGGAGAACUGGGAUUACCAGGCCCGAUCAUGUGCACAAAUGGUUCUUGUCAAUAUGCUUAAAAACUUUAAGGCUAUUGUUUCACCAAUUCUGAUUGAAUUCAUUCAAACUACAUCGAGUGGAAAUGACAUUUUGCUUCAAGAUGUAGCUUAUAAUGUUUUUGCGCUUGCUAGCAGUGCACCAUUUGAAAAUGUGAGCUUUGACCAAAUGUUGAACGAUGUCUUUUUGCCAAGAGGGUAUUCUCAACCAAAACCAAAUACCAGCGAAGGUGAAUAUCUUAAACUUGUGCGCCGACGCAUUGCCAUAAUAAUUUCGCAAUGGGUGUGCGUCACUGGACAAUGCAGCGCUCAAAGUAGGAUUAAGAUUUAUGAGUUUUUACUUUUUUGUCUUAAUCCCGAAGACCCUCUUAACGACAUUGUUAUUAGACUCGAAGCAUGCAAUGCUCUUAAAUUUACGAUUGAUGAAUGGGAUGUUAGUAUUGAUGACUUUUUACCCUUUUUGUCUACAUUCCUCACACGUUUAUUCACAUUUAUUUCCACUUCUCUUUCGUCCAUGGAAUCUAAGGAGAUUGUUCUUCAAGUGAUUAGUGUAAUCAUUAAUCGAGUAGAGAAGAAGAUUGUUCCCUUUUCCGAAUUAAUUCUCCAAGCACUACCUGCUCUAUGGGACGAGUCUGAAAGCCAUUAUCAAAUGCGUUGCGUUAUCUUACAAACACUUGCUAAUUUUGUGCAAGCAACUUGCGAAAGUUCCACUCAGACAUACUCAAUCUCUGUUCCCAUGCUCAAGGUUUCGGUGGACCCUGAAUCUCCGCUCAAUACAUUUUUGUUUGAUGAUGCUCUGCCACUUUGGCAAGCCUUAGUUGAAUCUGCGCCAUCGCCAAACGAUGAAAUCUUGUCUUUGCUUCCUGGCCUUGUUCAAAUUAUUAAGCAGAAAACUGAAAAUCUUCCAAUUGAACUUAAACUUUUAGAGUCAUAUGUUUUUCUGAGUCCUGAAUCGGUUGCAAAUCUAUCAUAUGAAUUGUUUAAGAUUUUUGUCGAUUAUAUUCCUUCUAUGAAUACUGAAUCAAUGACAUGGGUAACUACAAUCCUUAAUCUUUUGGCGGCACAACUUCCUCUUGAUGCCUAUGUUAAACCGUUAUAUGAUACUGGCCUUUUGAAUUUACUCGUCACUUCUUUAGCUGCUGCAAUUUCUCCUAUUACAAAUGUUGAAAUUUUGUGUUUUUUUUCACGCAUGGCUUGUAAUGAUGUUAACACAUUUGUUCAAAUGCUUGACGCUACCCAGCUCCCCUCUUUAGAAGUGAUUAAUGAACUGCGCCAAAAAAACACUUCUCGUUCUUCCUUCAUUAAUCUUGAUGACGAUGAUAGUGCCUACGCUGUUCCAAUCCACAUAACGCGUACAGUUGUCAAUCCUGACUCUCAUUUAACUCAUACUCCCAAGUAUACUACUGUUCUUGGCCUUGUGAUUUCGCAGUGGAUUUCGCGGUUUGAUAACAUGGGUCAACCUCGUGAUCGCAAACUUAAUGUUCUUGGUACAGCUGCUGUGCUGCGCACAGCGCGACCUGAGUCAUGGAGUGUUCUUGCAGAUAUUUUUGUCAUUUGGCAACAAUUACUUGACGAGGCAACAGAGACUGAUGUUGGUGAUGCUGAAAUUUAUUAUUGCUAUGACGAUUAUAUGUCUACAAACGAAUAUCUUACUAGAACAAGUCGCGGUCGUGAUCCUGCCGGACCUUCUGGUACAGGUUUAACGCCUGAGCAACAGGAGGAAAUUCGGCUGGUACAUGAAAACGCAUCUCCAGAAACUAAACGCCGACGGCGCCUUCUUGAUUCGGACCCGGUUCAUUCUAUAGUUCUUAAGAACUACCUCAGAGAGUCGUUAUUCAUGUUUGAAAAGUCCACUAGUUCUGAAACUCUUUCUACAGUCGACCCCGGAAUUCUUCAAACUCUUUCUAUGGUUCUCGGGCUAUCCUAA